AUGGCAACGGGUUUGGGAGUCGGAGGUUUGGCUCCUGGACUGGGACUGACCGCUGGACUGGGCGCUGAUGCCAAGAGUGCCAAGUAUGGCGGUGCCGGGGCAGGUGCGGUGAUCGGCGCUACUGCCGGUCAGCCUGUGGUCUCUGCUGGUCUUGGCACUGCAGGCAAAGCAGGCGGUUACGCCGGCGCUCCUUAUGUAGGACAGACGGGCGGCCUCGGAGCUGGUGCCAGCCUGGGUGCUGCUGGUGGAAUCCUGGAACCUGUAACUGACGGCAUCGGUCAGCUUCCCUUUAACGGAGCAGCAGGGUUGGACGGAGACGUCGGAUACCAGUACGGACCACAGCCACUCAGCCUAGGAGGUGACGGUGGCAAGCUGGGAUACGGAGACGGAAGAGGAUAUGGAGUGGAGACAACAGGUCUUGGUGCUGCGCUGGGCGUCGGUGGUCAGGGUUCCUACACUGCAGGAGGAAAAGAUCCCAGCAAGUACGGCGCGGCUGGUUACUACGGCACCGGAGUCAAAGGCUGACGUCCAGGCCUCACGAGGUGCGACUCUGCGUGAAUUUCCCAUCAUCCCCUUCCUGUCCGUCCCCUCGCGUCCGCCGCCGUGCACUUUGUGUCUGUCCGUCGUGUUUCAGUAAUAAUGUGUGUUGGUGAUGUUUAUCCCAGUGUGUCGUUCGGCUGAUUGUGUGUCCACGGUUUGUGUUGUGUCUUGGUUCUCGGGUGGAUCCUCACGUCCCGUCGGUCUCUGUAUCUCACUAAACCUCUGAAGCUUUUAUUCUGCUUGUUGUUUGAAUUCACAUGAAGAUUAAACGUAAAACUGUCCCCUCA